UCUGCAAUAGCUAUAAUGUCCAACCUCGUAUUGUCUGCGCUGAGAAAGACAGCAUCUCACCCGUACUCAUUCCACGCCCGAGUCCGUCUGCUGUCCACCACCUAUGCCAAUGUCCUUACCUCCCGUCCUGACCCCUCCGUCGCUCUCAUCACCCUCAACCGCCCAAAAGCUCUCAACGCUCUGAAUGCCGCUCAUUUCAACGAUAUAUAUGACGCCUUGCUCGAAGCAGACCGCGACGAUGCUGUCGGUGCAAUGGUAUUGACGGGGUCGGACAAGGCUUUCGCGGCCGGUGCGGAUAUUAAGGAGAUGAAAGACAAAGAAUUCGCGGAUGCUUACAAGAACAACUUCUUGAGUAACUGGGAACUCAUCUCAAAGCUGCGAAAGCCUAUCAUCGCAGCUGUCAGCGGAUACGCCCUUGGUGGUGGAUGCGAACUGGCACUCAUGUGCGACAUCAUCCUCGCCUCACCAACCGCCAAAUUUAGUCAGCCUGAGAUCAGCAUCGGCGUUAUCCCAGGUGGAGGUGGUACCCAGCGGCUCACGCGCCUCGUCGGUAAAUCUCGCGCCAUGGAGCUCAUGCUCACUGGACGCAUGUUCUCCGCAUACGAAGCUGAAAAGUGGGGGAUGGUCAGCCGCGUCGUGGGUGAAGGCGAGGGUGAGGUGGUCAAAGAAGCGGUGGAGAUGGCGAAAGUGAUUGCGAGUAAAGGACAAAUUUCGGUGCAGGCUUGUAAGGAAGCUAUUAAUGCUUCAUUUGAAUUGCCCUUGGCAGAGGGUUUACACUUCGAAAAGAGGCUGUUCCAUUCCAUGUUCGCGACAAAGGACCAGAAAGAAGGUAUGAACGCAUUUGUCGAGAAGAGAAAGCCAAACUUCACUCACAGUUGAGUGUUCGUCGAUAUGUAAAAAAGGACGCAUAUCUGUACUAUAUGUAUACUAGCAUAAUGUUCAUUAUCCUUGUUACAUCAAUGAUACAUCUUGGAGCAACGAUACUCUCUGUUGUUGAAAGUCGUGAUCAAAGGACCCACCAUCAUGUUGUCCAUCGAAGAGCACUUCCAAUCAAGAACCCAACACCAACGCCUGCCAUAACCCUCUUCCCCAUCACUGAACCAGGCGCGCGCGCCCUCGACAUAUUCAGCGCAUACAAUCCAGUACCAGCCAAUGCGCCCGUCCCAACGAUUCGACAAGAGAGACAGUCCUUAUACGCUGGUGCAGGCUGCUCGGACUUUUCGUGGCGUGCUGCUUUGGUACUGGAGACGUUUUCUGACGAGGAGCUGUUCAUGGUUCAGCUUAAGAGAAGCUAGAAAGGUGAGCAUUAUAGGCUACUGUUGCCGUUUUUCCUGC